GCUCAAGCAACCGUCGAGUUAGGGCUUUUCUAAAUAUGUUUGGUCUUGAAUUUUCAAGAAUUGACGGAGGCCGUCGAAUCGCUCGAGAGAAUGGAGGCAAAAGCACGGCGGAGCACCAGCGCGGCAGAGCAUCAACGCAUUUCCGACAUCGAUAGCAAGAGCACCGGUUCUAGUGCUUCGACAGAGGACUUUGCACACGCGGCGGGAAAACUGAUCACGGGCGGCGAGAGCACGUGCAUAGUUUCAACGUUGGCUGCAAGACCAUCGGAGCUAGUGCGUCACCAGAGAACUGAUUUUCUGGCGACAUUAAUCCGAUCGGCGGCUUGAAAGCAUCCUUCGACUACAGUCCUGACCUAAAAUCUUGAUUCAAUUGAGAGAUCAGACGCUUCGAUCGCGACAACUUCUGAAUCCAGGUCAGAUCCAAUUUCAAGCUUAAUCGCUUUAGAGUUUUGAAAUUCCUACUGAACUUUGCUAAUCUGAGUUAUAUUUGUUCGAAUUUGAUUUUGAUUGUGGUGGCAUGUAUGCUAUUUGUUUCCUACGUUGAUACCCCGUCCUAUGUUUGAUUGUUUUUGGUACUUCCUAAGUGACACACAACCUUGUAAGUCCUGAAACGUAAUACAAAUAAUCAUGCUUAAGAAAAUGUAUGGAAACGAAUGAGUGCUUCUAGAAAAACAUCUUAAUACUUUUUGUUGUUGUUUCUUUUCUUAGACAGUGUUGGUAGAUUUGGUUUGCUUUGUUGAAAUGGAUAAGAGUUGGAUGGAUAAACAUAGGAUAAUUAGCAUAAAAUGUCACAAACCUAUUCACUUUGUACGAAACGGUUACAAACUUUUAAUUUUACACGUUUCAUUAACAUACGUUUGAGAGAAUAACGAAUGAUCAUUCCGUCCAUCUCCAUCCAAAGAAACUGUUAGUUUCGUCUAGUCAGCACGCCAUAUCACCUACAAUAUUUAUAAAAAUUUAACAACCAAACCCAAUUGAACCGGACAGCCUAACCAAAAAUCCUAAUUCUAUAUCAACCUCACCCUUACACAAAACCCUUAUCCUUCCUGGUCCGCCUCCCCUUCCUCCUCCUUUACAGUGUGUCACCCACUUCCCUCAAAACACCUACCAGCCACCUCUGGAUGAUCAUUAUGAGCUUCUAGAGCAGAAAUUAAAGAAGGAAAAAGAGAAGCGAGGAGAGCGAAGACUUGAGAUGGUUGUGGAAUAGUGGAAGCUCACCUCCAGUCAACCAUAUUUUAAGGCGGAUAUGCAGAAGAGGGUUUCCAGAUCGGAAGGCGGAAGCGAAUCAUUAAAGCCAGAAUAAUUGAUUCGAGGACGCAGAGAUUCCUUGGGAAUUUGGCGGGUGCAUCUAGAUAACCUUCUUUGCCGCCGGUUUGAAGACGAUGAAUUCCUCGUCGGGGACCCAAGUCCGCUAGAGUCGUUGAAUGGCUUGAAUGUUGAUUCGAUGAAUCAUCUCCAGAAUUCUCGGUGAACAGGCCGUCGAAUUCGCCGAUUGCGUUAAGUUAUCUAUUCGAGCCACGCAGUCGAUUGUGAGGUCUUUAAGAGCGGAGAAAACCUUGAUAGUGACAAACCCUAAAUUAGAACCGUCGCGUCAGGUCAAAACACACGUUGAUUACGAGGUGGAAGAUAGGUUUUGGUUUGUGAGAGGAGAGGAGCGGUCGGAGGUAAGGAAAUUGGAAGCGCCGGUGAAAUACUCUGUUGUCGAGGGAAGCAUUAAGGCGGAGAGGGAGAGGAACCGUGCUUUCUGGGGACUAUGGGUGGGUACUCUGUCGGGUGGGUAUAGCGGCAGUGAACCGGUUAGGAUUGUGUGGAUUAAUUAGGAUGAUUAAAUGUUUUUAUUAAUAUUUUUAAUGACGUGUCAUGCUGACUAGGCAAAAAUAACGGAUUAUUGGACAGAAGUGGAUCACUCAAACUUGUUUUACUGAAACGUGCGAAAUUAAAGAUUUGUGACCAUUUGGUACAAAGUGAAUAGGUUUGUGACCAUUUAUAAUAACUACCCGAUAAACAUAGGAAUAGCACCGAAUACAAAGAUGGAGUACGUUGAUUUCUUGAUUUUGCCUUCCAAAAUGCUUCACAUGUUGGAAAGAUCCUCUGUUCAUGUAUCCAUUGUGGAAAUGUGUCUUCACAAACAUACGAAAAUGCUAGAGUUCGUCUUAUUUGUGACGGUUUUCUAAGGGGAUAUUCGAACUAGGUUUGUCAUGGGGAGACGCUUAGUACUAAUGUUUCCACAUCAUGAACACCUAGGUUUUCUAUGACAGCUAUUGGAGUAGAGCCUACCCUUGUCCAACUAAAUGAACCAUUCACAAGAGAAAGACAAGAGUCUAUCACUGCCCAAUCAAAUCCACAUAUGAGAGUGGAUUUAAAUGGGUUGCUUCGUAAUGUGUUUGUGAGUACAAAUCAAGUAAACAAUCUGGAGGAAAUUUAAGAAGAAAUGAUGAUAUUCUAGGAGAAAAUGAUCACAUAGAAGACAUUUUAGAAGAAAAUGAUGACGAGGAAGGGAAAAAUGAAGAUGCAGCUGACAUAGCAAAAUUGCUAAGGCCGACUCCAAUGAAACCCCCAUAAAUGGGGGAGGGAGCUCUCCAAUGCAGCCUGCAAAAAAGCAAAAAACUGCAUUAAUGGAGGUGGCCUCCAUUUGGGUCUCCAAAUAUGGAGGGGGAUAUAUGGGAGUCAGCAUUUAUGGGGGAGAUGGGGGAGCAGAUUGGGGGUGGGGCGGGACAACCGCCCAGCCCUGGCGGUUGUUCCGCCCUUUUUUUCAUUAAGUAUUUAAUUAAUUAUGGUUAUAUAAUUAAUAAGUGGAGGUUAGUGAAUUAAUGUUUGUAUUAAUUAAGUGAAGGUUGUCUAUUUAAUUUGUGUUUAAUAGUUUGGUUAAUUUAUUUUAUUUCCUAAGAUGACUUAAAUUGAAUUCAUUUUAUUUAAAAUUAUGCUUAUUAUCUAGAAGUUGUGUACACAAAAAAUAAUUCGAACUAAGAAUGGAAAAUAUAUUAUUGAAUUGUAAAUACGUUCUUGAAUUACAAAUCAAAUUGUCACCAACUACAACUUUAAAUUGAAUUACAAAGCAUCCCAACAUCAAUACCAAGCAACAACAAUAACUAAUUAUUUACAUGCAAGUUCCAAAUAUGCUCGACCAAGUCCUAACGAAGCCCAUGAUGUGUUGGUGCAGCACGAAGCCUAUUAUUCCUAGCCAAGUACUCAGUUAGAGUUGGAAUAUCUCUGUUGACAUUAGUUGGUUGUGGGUCGUGGACCUCAUAAUCAAGACUAUCUUCCAUCUCAUCGUCAGAAUCAAAUUGCUCAUCCUCGAUUAUCAUGUUGUGCAAUAUAAUGCAUGUCAACAUUAUAUCAUUAAUUGUGGCAACAUCCCAAGAUCUCGCAGGGCCACGAAGGAUUGCCCAUCUAGCUUGAAGAAUUCCAAAGGCCCGCUCUACGUCUUUUCGAUGUGCUUCUUGACAUCGAGCAAACAAGGCUUCUUUGUUUGAGCUUGGAUUGCUGAAUGUUUUCACUAAAGUUGACCAUGAAGGAUAAAUACCAUCAUCCAAAUAAUAACAUUGAUCAUAGGUAUGACUGUUUACCUCAAAUCGUACUCGUGGAGCGGAUCCGUUGAGGAUACGGUCAAACACUGGAGACAUCCCCAGAACAUUGAUGUCAUUAUUCGACCCAGGCGGGCCGAAGAAAGCAUGCCAUAUCUAGGUGUUGUACGAAGCCACUGCCUCGAGAAUGAUUGUUGGUUUACGGUUGUGCCCCAAGUACUGUCAAGUCCAAGAAGUAGGACAAUUCCUCCACUCCCAGUGCAUGCAAUCAAUUGACACAAUCAUACCAGGGAAUCCGCGUUGUGAGGCUUUUUGAAGCAGAAUCCUUAGAUCACAAGGAGUUGGUGCACGAAGGUAUGUCGAUGAGUACAUCCCGACAAUGGCUCUGCAAAACUUCCUGAAGACUUCCAGUACAGUGCUCUCGCCCAUUCGCAAAUAGUCAUCAAGUUGAUCAGCUGGAGAGCCAUAAGCUAGCAUGCGCAGUGCACUAGUAAGCUUUUGCUCCGGCGAUAGACCUAAGUGACCAACGACAUCACUCCUUCGAGAAAAAGAGGGAUCAUACCUCACAACGUCACCCAUUAUGCGAUUGAAUAGUCGUGGCUGCAUACGAAAACGCCUUCUGAAUAUGCGGGCAUCAUAUGUUGGAUUUGGAUUGAAGUAAUCCUGCAUAAGAUGGUUAUGACCUGAGACUCUUUCACGAUCAAUGUAGGUUCAGACAAGUAUUGAUUGAUGGCAAAUGAGGGAUUUGUAUUUAUAUCCGAACAUGCAUCCAAAUUUGUCUUACCUACCAAUGAAAUACCUAACACGUGCUACCUAACAACCUUACCUACCAACGGGCAACGAUAACAUCUAAUGGUCAGAUUCAAACGGUAACAUCUAACGGUCAUAUUCGAACAUGUGCUACCUACCAUUGACAUACCUAACACGUGAUACCUAACAGCCUUACCUACCAACGGUAACAUCUAACGGUUAAUUCUCUAUAUAUUCAGACAUCCUCUCCACUCUCUACAUCUCAUUCUUACUGAAUUGAAAUUUUCUGUCAACUUCAUCACCCUUUCUAUCAUAUUUCUCUCCCUAAAAACCAAACAAUGACAAGCAAGAGAGGAGAGAAUUGGAAAGUGGAAGAAGAUAAGAACUUGUGCAAUUCUUGGGUCAUGAUAUCAGAAGAUGGAGCUGUGGGCGUCAAUCAACGAACUAGAAAGUUUUGGGAUAGAGUGGCGGCGCAAUAUCGAGUCAACGAUCGAAACUUAUCUCGUACCAUCAAAAGUAUGUGUGGUCGAAUGGGCACAAUCACCAAAUUCUGUAAGUGUUGGAAUUCAGCUAUCCAAAGGGCAGAGAGGAAUCAACCAAGUGGCACGAAUCAACAAGAUGUGGUAUGAAUUCUCUGUCACUAUUGCUGUUAUUUUCUAACUCGCUCAUUAGUACGUGUGUUCUAUUUUCUAACUCCUUUUCCAUCUCAUUCAUUCAUACAUAUAGGAGUAUAUGGAAGAACAACUGUAUUUAAGUGAGACAGGGGAGAAGGGUUGGAAUUUUGGUCAUUGCUAGUGGAUCUUGAAGAAAUGCAAAAAAUUCCAUACUAUUAUAGCAAUGCCGUCUUCACAUCAAAAUCGCAUGAGUCAAGGUACUGAUGGUUCUCCCAUGAGUCAAAGUGAUUAAUCAACACCACAGACAGACCUCAAUGACACAGAAAGAGACAAAGAAACUCCCCCUUCGUCGGGAAAACUCCACCCUUCGUCGAAGAGACUCCACCCUUCGUCAUAUCUCGCCCUGCUGGACGCGACAAACAGAAGGCAGCUAAGAAGAAAGGAAGGGGGUUGCUGAGUCAUCAGAGAGCUAUACUGCUCAAUUGCUAGAGUAUGGAAGUGAGAUGAAGGAGAGGCAUGCUUCGAGGACUGAGUAUGAUCGAAAAAGGAUGGAAUUCCAAGAAAAAAAAUCAAAGCGUGACCAAGAAAAGUGGGAAGUUGAGAAAAAAGAGAGGGAAACAACACUAUUUCGGGACAGCCUUGAUCUUCUUGAAAAGGACUUGUCGAAGUUGACACCAAAAAAGAGGAGGUAUUACAAAAUUCAGCAAAACCGGAUUCUAGGAUAUGAUCAAGAUGAUCCCAACUCUGUUCCUAACUAUUCAUCCAACGCAAGUCAGACCGGAGGAGGAGAUGAGAGUGGAGGAGGAGAUGAAGGUGGAGGAGGAGAUUACGGGAAUUACUGUUCCAUUCUGGGCGAUUAUUGACAUGUUAUGUGUUUCAUCUUUAUCAUUUCAAGUGUUGUGUGUUAUUUUUAAGCUUUAUCAUUAGCAAGUGUUGCGUGUAACCUUAAGUUGUAUCAUUUAAAUUAUUAUGUGAACUCCUUUAGCUUUAUCAUUUUCAAGUGUUGUGUGUAAACCAAAAUUAGGUCCAUAAUUUUUUCGCCAAAAAAAUUCGGUCUCGAAAUUUGAAUAAAUUCUAUCGGAAAAUUUGUAUCUUAAAAUAAUGACAAGCUAUACAAAAAUUAACAUUAACGAAUUAUAUUAAGGCUUCGAUAAGUACACUUUUAAGUAAAUGUAAAUAUGGAUAAAAUGGAGAUCCCCAAAUUUGAGGUUGGUAGCAUUGGAGCCAAAUUGUAAAAAAUGGGGGCAAUCCCCAAAUUUGGGGAUGAAGGUCCCCAAGGUCUUGCAUUGGAGUUGCUCUAAGAGGUGUAGAUGAUGAGCUUUAUCCAGGCUGCAAAACAUUUUCAAAGUUUUCAUUCUUAUUACAGUUAUAUCACUUAAAGGUCCUUAAUCGUUGGUCAGAUAAUUCCUUCACCAUGCUUCUUGAGCUCUUGCUUGAUGCAUUUCCGGAAGGUGUAUCCUUGCCGAAAUCCCAUUACGAGGCUCACAGACUAGUGCGGACAUUAGGCUUGGAUUAUGAGAAGAUAGAAGUUUGCCCAAAUGACUGCACAUUGUAUUGGAUUACAACCAAAGAUUUGGAUGCUUGUAAUGUUUGUAAUGAACCCCGAUAUAAGUUUGAGGGAAAGGAUAGGCGAAAGGUGCGAGUAACAAAGAUUUUGCGUUACUUCCCUUUGAUCCCAAGCUUGAAAAUAUACUUUGCUUCUGAGAAAACUGCAAAGCACAUGAGGUGGCUUGAUGAAAGUAGAAAGAAGGACGGACUGUUGCGACAUCCAGUUGAUGGAGAAAUGUGGAAAGAAUUCGAUAAUAUAUAUCCUAGUUUUGCUAGUGAUUCACGUAAUAUCAGAUUCAGUCUCAAUAGCGAUGGUUUUAGUCCACAUAGAAGUAUGAGCAAGAAUCAUAGUAUAUGGCCUGUGGUGCUCAUACCUUAUAACAUGCCUCCGUGGAUGUACCUAAAACAAUCAUCUUGUAUCCUAUCAAUGAUCAUUCUUGGACCAAAAGGUCUUGGAAAUGAUAGUGACACAUAUUUACCGCCGCUAAUAGAUGACUUGAUGAAGAUUUGGUGUCGACCAAACUUUUUUCGUACGUGCUGCCAUGAUGUGGACCAUAAAUGAUUUCCUAGCCUAUGGAAAUUUAUUUGGAUCGAGCACAAAAGGAACGUUUGGCUGCCACAUUUGUAGUAAAUCAACAUAUUCAAGGCGGCUGAAUAAUAGCAAUAAGGAAUGCUCCAAGGUGUUAAAUGUUGAUGAACUCAAAAAACUGCAAACUCGAGUUGUUUUGACUCUUUGCCACAUGGAAAAGUCGUUUGUGCCAUCAUUCUUCCCUGUUAUGGUACAUCUUCUAAUUCAUUUAGUAGAAGAGGCAAAACUCGGUGGACCGGUUCACUCUAUAUGGAUGUACCCUUUAGAAAGGUAAUUCUCCAAACUAUGAGCUGAUGAUUCUUUUAAGUCUAUGGAAAUCAUUAUAUCUCCUGUGUUUGGUAGUAUUUUGGUCAAUUGAAACCUUUUGUACGUAAUUGAACUUCUCCUGAAGGGUCAAUUUCAGAAGGUCACAUUGCGGAUGAAUGUAUGUAAUUUAUUUCCCGAUAUAUGGAAGGAGUGGAAACUCGAUUCAAUCGCCCACUGAGAAAUCCAGAGGCAUCUGUGAAUGAUGAAGCCAUUGAAUUCAAGUUCAACUGUAGAGGGAAACAUAUAGGAAAAGUUAAUAAUAUUGAGUUAAAUGAGAAAAAAGAGCAAGCACAUCGUUAUGUGCUAAGGCUUUGUGAUGAGAUAAAAAAAAACUUAAGACAAUAAGUAUAGUUUUAUAAGUAGUUUUCCAAAGUACUUAAGUCUUGCAAUUUUGCCUAACAUAAUUUCAUAAUUAAGAGUGUUCAUUGAUGAGGAGAAGAGAAAGCGUUGAGGUCACACCUGCCUUAAUGCGAACAACACAGACAAACUAGUGAAUGAAAAGUUUCACCAUUGGUUGAAAGAGAAGGUUCAUUGUCUGUAUAACUCAUACAUGUUAGAUUACUAUUUGUAUUAAACAACUAGGUCUCACUAAAUAUUGCAUAUUUAUUAGGUGUUGACCAAGAACGAUCCAAAUAUUUCGGAAGAUAUUCGAGUCCUUGCUGGGGGUUCUAACAUAAUAGCAAGAAAAUUUUCAGAUUACACGAUCAAUGGUAUUAGGUUUCAUACAAUAUCACAUGACCAAGGUAAAUCUACACAAAAUAGUGGUGUGGUCAAUGUUACAGAAGUUGGAGAAGUGAACUAUUGUGGGAAAAUUCAAAAAAUGAUAGAACUGAACUACUAUGGUAGUUUCAAGGUUGUUCUAUUCAGAUGUGAUUAGGUUGAUAUCCAUCACAGUACGGGAAUCCAGCAAGAUGAGUUCGAGUUCACCCUCCUUAACUUUUCACGGCUGAUUCAUAUUGGUGCAAAACUUGAAGAUGAUCCUUUUGUAUUUUCUUCUCAAGUUGACCAAGUGUUUUACGUGGAAGAUCAUAAAAAUGUUGAUUAGUCUAUUGUUGUUAGAAUUAAGCCUAGAGAUAUAUUUGAGAUGGGAAUGGAUGAGUUGGAGGAUCUGGAAAAUGCUUUUCCUAAUGCUUCUGGAAGCUUAAAUGUCCUAGAUAAUCCCAAUUGGCUGCGAAAUGAUAUGGAUGAUGAAGAGAUUGUGUGAUCUUGUCUUGAACUUUGUUGACUUUGAAUGGAUGUUUGAUUCUGGAAUUUAUCCGUUGUUGUGGAUUCCAUUUUCAUAUUCCCAAAUGAAGGUGAGCAUUGUUCCCAAGAGGAUUUUGGGUGUUUUAACGUUAUUUUUUUCCUGGAUGUUUCUAUUGUUGUGGUAUGCUUAUACCUUUUUGGCUAUUUGUACUUUUUUAUUUUGCAGGAUGACUAUAAGAUCAAGGAAUUUGAAGAAAGUGAGAAUUGUGAC